GAAGGACCAAGCCCAAAACGACGUCUUUGAACGCGUCGCAGACCCUUUCUUGCUGUGCAAUAAAUGAAGUGCAAUUAAAGUCGUUCAUCGCGCGUGCACGUCACACACGUCGUCUCGACGACUCCCCGACUUUUAUUGUGAAGAGGCGUGUCGUCACUGCGUGCAGCUCCACCGCGCCGGGGAUCAAUAAAGAGCACUUUAUUUCUUUUUUUUGACGGCGAGGCUCGAGCGAAAUCAAACGAUGCCGACGACGUGUCGCCUCGCGUCGCGGUUCUGGUGAGCUCGCGUCCCGGGACUGGGUGAUGUCCGCCCGGCAGCAGCCUCUGCAGCAGCCCGCUAACAGAGCCAGCCCCCGGCUAGCCGAUGCCGAUGACUGGCUGUUUCCCCUGACAUUGAUCCGCAGUGGGAGGCAUCAUGGCCGGUAGGGUGAAGUGGGUGACGGACAUUGAGAAAUCGGUGCUCAUCAACAACUUCGAGAAGAGGGAAUGGGUUCAAGUCACGGAGAACGACGACUGGAAUUUCUACUGGAUGAGCAUCCAGACCAUCAGGAAUGUGUUCAGCGUGGACACCGGCUACCGCCUGUCCGAUGACCAGAUGGUGAACCACUUCCCCAACCACUACGAGCUGACCAGGAAGGACCUGCUGGUCAAGAACAUCAAGCGCUACCGCAAGGACCUGGAGAAGGAAGGCAGUCCGCUGGCGGAGAAGGACGACAACGGGAAAUACAAUUAUUUAGGUUUGCACACAAAGCGAUGCACGUUUAAUUCGUUUAACUUGUUUAACAUGUUUCCACGGUUUUUUGGUGCAGAUUUCGUCCCUGUGACGUUCAUGCUGCCCGCCGAUUACAACCUCUUUGUGGAGGAGUACCGCAAGAACCCGUCCAGCACCUGGAUCAUGAAGCCCUGCGGCAAGGCUCAGGGCAAAGGCAUCUUCCUCAUCAACAAGCUGUCCCAGAUCAAGAAGUGGUCCAGAGACAGCCGCACCUCCACGUUCGUCGCGGCAUCGAGUGGCAAGGAGGCCUACGUCAUCUCGCUGUACAUCGACAACCCGCUGCUCAUCGGGGGGAAGAAGUUCGACCUGCGCCUCUACGUCCUGGUGACGACGUAUCGGCCUCUGAAGUGCUACAUGUACAAGCUCGGCUUCUGCCGGUUCUGCACGGUCAAGUACACGCCCAGCACCAGUGAACUGGACAACAUGUUCGUCCACCUCACCAACGUGGCCAUCCAGAGGCACGGGGAUGACUACAACCACGUCCACGGAGGCAAGUGGACGGUGAGUAACCUCCGCUUGUACCUGGAGAGCACCAGAGGGAAGGAGGUGACCAGCCGACUGUUCGACCAGAUCCACUGGAUCGUGGUGCAGUCGCUGAAGGCCGUGGCUCCUGUGAUGAACAAUGACAAGCACUGUUUUGAGUGUUACGGGUAUGACAUCAUCAUUGACGACAAGCUCAAGCCCUGGCUCAUCGAGGUCAACGCCUCUCCCUCGCUGACCUCCAGCACGGCCAACGACCGCAUCCUGAAGUACAACCUCAUCAACGACACCCUCAACAUCGUCACGCCCAACGGGGACAUCCCGGACUGCCGCUGGAAUCGCAGUCCGCCCCGAGAGGCCCUGGGCAACUAUCAAGUCCUGUACGACGAGGAGCAGGCGCAGAGCGAGAAUGCCGAGCGCGACCUCCGGAGCCGCUCGGGUCAGUCCCUGGGGUCAAAGGGCACCAAGGGGAGUGCGGGCGUUCGACCUGCUGCCGCCACCUGGAAGUGAGCUACUGAAUGGAGGACUCCGGAUUUUCCCUGACGGAGUUCACAGGGGGGCGACACCUCUGGUCAACAAUGGAGAGUUUAAAGGCCGUCUGUGCGAAUGAGUAACUGAACAUGCAGAUGCAAUGCUGCCGGCGUCAAUAACUCUGCAGCAACGGCCGGUUCCCACCUCAGCUCGGAUAAAAUGUCCCCAAAAAAAAUGAAUGGAAAAACAUGGAUGACGCCUCCGGGAGAAGAAAUUCCAAAAGACCAAAAUGACAACGACACAAAUAUAUAAAAGAAAGUUGUAUGUUGUAUAGAUUAGUGGGAUUAAACAAGAGAAGGGCUGCAACAACCUGAACAAUGCAUGAUGACCGAGUCCCGUGAGAGGAACUGGUUUGUAAAAAGAAUAUAGAGGAACAAGAGAUGUGACUAAUACGAAAGGGUAUGAAGAUAUAAUAUAAUGACGGGCAGAGUCAACAGUACUAAAUGUGCAUAGACCGCAAAAUACAAUUUAAUAAGGUUUUUUAUAGGUUUAUUAUCUAUAUGCAUACGCAGUGCUGAACCUCAUUACUUUUAUUUUUGCUUGAAAAAUAGAUAUGUUGCAUUUUGAGUUAGCUUUGAGAGCCUUUUGGAGAUACGGUUAUUACUCUUUGCCCAAUGGAUGAAAGAAAGGUGGUGGAAGGUUUCCAGAGAAAACCACCAGGUUGUGAUUUAAGUCACGCUCUUGUCCUGCCCUACGCCGGUAAAUAAAUCAAAUGGCUCAUCCUUGAUGUGGAUGAAGAAACGGGAGGAACAUUCGGAUGGUGAUUCUGUGAUUUAAAUGGGAUUGUUUUUUGCAUCUUGCCAUUUUGCUGUGGUAAGAGUCCCCGAUAGCCUUUGAUGAAUCUAACCCGCCUGUUUAAGAUUAAUCAGAGGUCAAUCCUUACAAAGCCAAAUGACCUUCAGUCUCUUUGUGGGUCGACGUUCCUUGACCUCAAAUGUUUGACACUCCUGAUCUGUACAAGUCAUUGUUGACUCAUACAAAUGUAUUGAGAGAUGAAUUAAACUCUGAGGUGUGUGAGGAACAGUUUCCCACCGCUGGUUUUCGCUCCUUUUAUUGUGGUUAUAAACCUGUGCAGCUUUUCUGUUGUUAGCUUUGCGGUAUUGAGAUCUCUCUUCAUGAGAAGUGCAUCGCUUCCUUUCCAAGUUUGUGUCUGCCUUUUUAAUAAAAUAUCCAUAUUGGUGCUGCCUUGACAAUAAACAAUUUUCAUUUUA